UCAAUAGCGUUUAAUUAUGUUAUUCAAUAUCGCAUCGAUUUUUUUAUUUGUGUUGGCUGUUGAUUGUGUGCCUAAUGGAUAUAGGUAUCACAGUAACGUGGGAAUACCUUGGGCAUGGAGCUUGAACCAAUCAGAGUUAGCCGCGAGAAUAAUUGGGGGAAACGUCGUGACUUCGUUGUCGCAGUAUCCCUAUCAGGCUGGCAUCGUAGCAACACUAACAAGUAAACAGCAGUCAAUUUGUGGUGGAGCUCUGAUAUCAAACACUCGUGUACUGACGGCGGCUCAUUGCUGGUGGGAUGGAGAGAACCAGGCGUCCAGCUUCGAGGUGGUACUCGGAUCACUGACGAUAUUCACCGGCGGAACGAGGAUCACGAGCAAGGAUGUAGUGGUUCAUUCUGCGUGGAAUGUUCAGGAUCUUACCAACGAUAUUGCGAUUGUUAAAAUAACAACUGUGACUUUCAAUAGCAACAUAAAUGCAAUAGAGAUCCCCGCAGCAACAGACGUCAACACGGACUUUGCAGGCACGACAGCAACAGCAACAGGAUAUGGAAAAACAAGUGAUAGUCAAACCAGUUUCCCAACAAGCACGUCUCUAUAUAAGGUAGACCUUAAGGUGAUCACUAAUACCGUGUGUCAAAAAAGCUUCAACAUUGCCAUCAGUAAUGGACAUGUAUGUACUGAUGGAGCUAACAAAGUUGGCACCUGCGACGGGGACUCUGGUGGGCCUCUUGCAGUCUCGUGGAACAAUAAAACUAUUUUGAUUGGCAUUGUAUCGUUCGGUCUGGAGGAGAGCUGUCAGUCUGGGACACCAUCCGUGUUUACGAGAGUGACAGCAUUCCUGACGUGGAUCAACGCACAAAUGAUAUGAUUUGUAUUUAAUCAAUUAAUUUAUAUAAUUUUUUGCUUUAUAUAAGUGUCUAUAUAUAUUUUAAAUGAAAUUGAUAUAAAUAUAUAUCUGUAUGUCAUAUCAAAAUAA